AAAAAUAAACAUUUCCAAAUCAUUUGGGUGUCAACAUAAAUCUGAACAGGUUAUAACAUUCAAACCUGAAUAAGAUAUUAUAAAAAGAUGACAAACUAUUCUUUUUUAUAAAUACAUAUGGAAAAUUUUCCUUUAAAAAUAUUAGCAAAGGCUGGACAUGGUGGCUCAUUCCUGUAAUCCCAGCACUUUGGGAGGCUGAGGCAGGCAGAUCACCUGAGGUUGGGAGUUCGAGACCAGCCUGACCAACAUGGAUAAAUCCCAUCUCUACCACAAUUACAAAAUUAGCUGGGCAUGGUGGCACAAGCCUGUAAUCCCACUUACUCGGGAGGCUAAGGCAGGAGAAUUGCUUGAACUCGGGAGGCAGAGGAUGCAGUGAGCCCAAAUUGCGCCACUGCACUCCAGCCUGGGUGACAAGAGCGAAACUCCAUCUCAAAACAAUUAAAAAAAAUAAAAAUAUUAGCAAGUAAAAUUUAGAAAUGUAUAAAAGAGAAAUAAUAAAUUAUUGAAAACUGGAGUUUAUUUUAGGAAUACAGAAGGAGUUUAAUAUUUGAAAAUUGAUUAUUAUAAUUUACCAUAUUAAAAGAUAAAGGAAAAAAGAUGAUUAUUUCAAUGAAUACAGAAAAAGUCAUGUGAUAAAAUUCGGUACACACUUAUGGUAACGUUCUUAGCAAACUAAAAUCGAAGGGAACUUUUAGAGUGACUUUAAAAUCCUACAGGAAACAUCAUUAAUGGUAAAUUUUUGAAAACUUUCCUCUGGAGAUCAAGAAUAACAAGGAUACCUGUCUUUUCUUCUCCAAUUUAGAAUUUUAUUACAGAUCCUAAACAGCACAAUAAAGCAAAGAAGGAAUAAAGGCACUAUGAUUCGAAGGGAAAAAAUUAAAAUGUCUUUUUAAGUAGACAUGAUUAUAUACAUUGAAAGCCAUGAAGAAUCUACAGGCUACUGGAAUUGAUAAAUGAAGUUAAUGCCACUGGAUACAAGGUCAACAUACAAACAUGAGUUGUAUUUCUAUGUAGCAACAUAAAAAGUGAAAAAUUUAAAUAUUAUGCACAAUGGUUUCAAAAAUAGUAUGAACAAAUCUAGCUGAAUACUAGAAUCUAGUAUUCAGACUUCACUGAAAACUGUAAAAUAUUGAGAAAAAUUAAAGAAGAUCUAAAUAAUUACAGGAAUAUAUAAGAUUCACUAAUUGGAAGAGUCAAUGUUGGGAAUAUUUCAGAUCUCUCUUAGUCAAUCUAUAGAUGCAAUAAAAUCCUAAACAAAAUUUCAGCAGAUUUCUUUGUGAAAAUUAAUGAGCCAAAUAUUGUUUAUUUUAACAUAUAACCAAAACAAUCUUGAAGAAAAGGAACAAAACUAGAGAUACCACACCAAAGUCAUAAUCCAUAGAAAAAAGAAUUAAUAAACUGGACUUCAUUAAAAUUAAAAGUUUCUGCUCUGCAAAAGAUACUAUGAAGAGAAUGAAAAGAGAAGACAUAAACUAGGAGAAAAUAUUUGCAAAAGACAUAUCCGAUAAAGGACUGUUAUUCAAAAUAUACUAAGAACUACUAAAACUCAGGAACAAGAACCAAAUGGGCCAAAGACCUUAACAGACACCUCACCAAAGAAGAUAUACAGUUGGCAAAUAAACAUAUGAAAAGAUGCUCCAUAUUAUAUGUUAACAGGGAAAUGCAAAUUAAAAUAACAAUGAAGCACAACUACACAUCUAUUAGAAUGACCAAACUCCAGGACACUGACAGUGCCAAAUGCUGGUAAUGAGAGCAACAGGAGCUCUUAUUCAUUGCUAGUGGGAAUGCAAAAUGGUAGACACUUUGGAAGACAGUUUGGCAGUUGAAUACAAAACAAAACAUACUAUUACUAUGUGAUCUAGCAUUCAUAUUCCUUAGGAUUUUCCCAAAGGAGUUGAAAUUUUAUGUUUACACAAAAGCCUGUGCAGGGAUAUUUAUAGCAGUUUCAUUCAUAAAUUGCCAAAACUUGGAAGCAACCAACAUGUCCUUCAGUAGGUGAAUGGAUAAACAAACUGCAGUUCGUUCAAUCCAUAGAAUACUAUUCAGCAUCACAAAGAAAUGAGCUAUCAACCUAUGAAAAGACAGGGAGGAAAUCUAAAUGGAUAUUACUAAGUGAAAGAAGCCAAUAUGAAAAGACUACAUACUGUAUGAUUGCAACUACAUGGUGUUCUAGAAAAAGCAAAACUUUGGAGAGAGAGAAAAAAAUCCAUUUGCAGUGGGUUCUAGGCAAGGGAGGGAGGUAUAAAUAAGUGGGGCACAGGAGAUUGAUUUUUAGGGCAGUGAAACUACUUUGUGUGAUACUGUAAAAUUGAAUCCAUAUCAUUUUAAAUUUGUCCAAAGCCAUAGAAUAUACAGCACCAAGAGUGAGCCCUAAUGUAAACUAUGGACUCUGGGUUAUAAUGAUGUGUCAAUGCAGAUUCAUCAGUUGUAACAAAUGAACCACUCUGAUGGAGCAUGUUGAUAAUGGGUGAAGCUGUGCUUGUGUGGAGACAGGGGCAUAUGUAAAAUCUCUGCACUUUACUCUCAUUUUUGCUGCGAACCUAAAACCACUCUAAAAGUAAAGUGUAUUUUUUAAAAACUUGAGAACUUACUUCUCAGAUAACAAAACUCAUGAUAAAGUUAUCAUAAUUAACAUAGUUAUUGUAGGAUAAAUAAGAUUGAAUAAAACAUCUUCAGAGCUAUAGUCAUCUGACUUAUAACAAAAACAACCCUUCAAACAAUGGAAAAUGGAUUGUCUUUUAAAUAGAUGGUCGAAAGGUGUAAGGCAUUUGGAUACUUACAUUUUAAAAUGUUUGACUCCAACCCCAUUCGCUUGAAAAAAAAUUAAUUUCAGGUUGAUGAUAGCUCUAAAUAUGAAAAGUGGAAUAAUCUUUCAAAAAUAUAUCAUACAAGAAUAUUUUUAUGACCUUGGAGUUUAUGAACAUUUAAAUAAAACACAAAAAAAUGCUGAACAUAAAUGAAAAUUAUUGACAAAUCCGACUAAAGAAAUGUUAUUCAUCAAAGAUGCCAUAAUAGACUUGAAACAUAAACCAUGGAGUGGGAAAAGAUGUUUGCAAUACUUGUAUCUGAAAAAGGACUUCCAGAACAUAUAAGAAACUUCUGCAGAACAAACAGGCAAAUGCUUCCCCACCAGAAAAGUACAAAAGAUUUGCAUAAGCCCUUCACAAGAGUGUAUCCUAAUGGCCGAUAAACAUGAAAAUGCUCAAAUUGUUUAAUCACCAGUGAAAAUGAUAACUAAAAUUACAAUAUGAUAUCACCACACACUCACCAGAGAGGGUUAAAAUGGAAAAGAUAGCAUCAAAUGUUGACAAGAAUGUGGAGCAACUAGAACUCUCAUACUUUGCUAGUAUUAGUACAACUACUUAUGAAAAUUUUUCCCAUUAUUUGCUAUGGAAAAUUUAUGUGCACAUCUUAAUACAUAGCAAUCCAACUCCUUUGAAUAUAUUCAACAUAAACACAUAUAUGUGGUCACCAAAAGACUAGUACAGGAUGUUUACAGCAGUACUACCCAAAAUAGCUUAAAACUGGAAAAAACCCAAUGUUCACCAACUGGAGAAUGAAUAAAUAAAUAAUAGUAUAUUCAUACAACAGUAUAAUAUAAAGCAAUGAGAAUAAAAAAAUUAGAACAAGAUGAUGUAGAUCAAUUUGACAAACAUAAUACUGAGAAGAAGCCAGACACAUGAGAGUAACAAUCUGUAUACAGUAACUUCAUACAAUUCCAUUUGUAUAAAGUUAAAAAAAAAAAAGCAAAAAAAAUCUAUGACAACAGAAGUCAGAACAGUGCUUAUCUUUUGGGGAGAGAGUGGUAACCAGACAGUGGCAGGUGAGGACUUGAGUUUGGGGAGUAUUUUAUUUUUAAACUAGGUUCUGCUUAUAGGAGUGUGCUCACUUUGUGAAAAUUUAUUGAGUUGUACACCUACGAUUUGUACCAUUUUCUGGGUGUUAUUGGUGUUUACUUCAAAAGUAAUUUUUCUUAAACGUUAAAUAUCUGUAGAUAUUCAUAAUCACUUACUGAAUGUAAUCAAAUAAGAAACCCACCAAAGAAAGCAUGUUUGUGUACUCAAAGGUACUUUUAUAGAGAAGAUUUAUAUAUAACUUUAGUUUUUUCUCAAAAGUAAUCUCUCACUGAAAGUUAACUCCGCAACGUUUAUUUAGAACUUCCAGUAACUAAGAACUGGAGAUAUCAUCGAGAGAGCUUAUAUGACAAAAGACUUUGGAUUCACAUCAGGGUUACAAUGUAGGAUGAAUUGGCAAAUACUGUAUGCAAUAGUAAAUUAGGACGCCUGGUGGCGCUGCAGGCUAAGAGUGUGAACAGUGGGCUCUGCGGAUAACCCAGGCUCCCAUAAGCUGGGGAAUCCAAACUGAAUGCUUCCUAAAAGAAGGACGCAUUUUAGGUAAGAUCUAGUGGCUAGAUCUUCAGAGUAGGCGUCGUUCUUGUGCAAUUCAGUCAAGAAAGAUUGAAUUCGCGGUUAUUUAAGCAAAUCAUCUGCGUGGAUUGUAUAUCGAGUUGAAGAAACUGCGCCUUCUGGACCGGGUCUGAACAAUGGAGACUGCGCUAGCAAAAACGCCACGGAAAAGGCAAGUUAUGUUUCUUGCUAUACUGUUGCUUUUGUGGGAGGCUGGCUCUGAGGCAGUUAGGUAUUCCAUACCAGAAGAAACAGAAAGUGGUUAUUCUGUGGGCAACCUUGCAAAAGACCUGGGUCUCGGGGUGGAGGAACUGGCCACUCGGGGCGCGCGAAUCCAUUACAAAGGAAACAAAGAGCUCUUGCAGCUUGAUAUAAAGAACGGCAAUUUGCUUCUAUAUAAAAAACUAGACCGGGAGGUGUUGUGCGGGGCGACAGAACCUUGUAUAUUGCAUUUCCAACUCUUACUAGAAAACCCAGUGCAGUUUUUUCAAGCUGAUCUGCAGCUCGCAGAUAUAAAUGACCAUUCUCCAGAGUUCCCAGAGAGGGAAAUGCUCCUAAAAAUCUCAGAGGGCACCCAGCCUGGGACUGUGUUUCCUUUGAAAAUAGCACAGGACUUUGACAUAGGUAGCAACACUGUUCAGAACUACACAAUCAGCCCCAAUUCCCACUUUCAUGUGGCUACUCAUAAUCGCGGAGACGGCAGAAAAUACCCAGAGCUGGUGCUGGACAAAGCACUAGACCGGGAGGAGAGACCUGAGCUCAGCUUAACACUCACGGCACUGGAUGGUGGGGCUCCGCCCAGGUCCGGGACCACCACAGUUCGCAUUGUCGUCUUGGACAAUAAUGACAACGCCCCCGAAUUUUUACAAUCCCUCUAUGAGGUACAGGUUCCUGAGAACAGCCCCCUUAACUCCUUAAUUGUCGCCGUCUCUGCCCGAGAUGUAGAUGCAGGAGCGUAUGGGACUGUAGCCUAUGCUCUAUUUCAAGGUGACGAAGUUACUCAACCAUUUGUAGUAGACCAAAUAACAGGAGAAAUACGCCUGAAAAGGGCAUUGGAUUUCGAGGCAACUCCAUAUUACAACUUGGAAAUUGUAGCCACAGAUGGUGGGGGCCUUUCGGGAAAAUGCACUGUGGCUAUAGAAGUUGUGGAUGUGAACGACAACGCCCCUGAACUCACCUUGUCGACGCUCUCCAGCCCUACCCCAGAAAACGCCCCGGAAACUGUAGUUGCUGUUUUCAGUGUUUCUGAUCCAGACUCCGGGGACAACGGUAGGAUGAUUUGCUCCAUCCAGAACGACCUCCCCUUUCUUUUGAAGCCCACAUUCAAGAACUUUUACACCCUCGUGACACAGAGAAAACUGGACAGAGAGAGCCAAGCUGAGUACAACAUCACCAUCACCGUCAGUGACUUGGGGACACCCAGGCUGAAAACCGAGUAUAACAUAACCAUUCUGGUCUCCGACGUCAAUGACAACGCCCCCGCCUUCACUCAAACCUCCUACACCCUCUUCGUCCGCGAGAACAACAGCCCCGCCCUGCACAUCGGCACCGUCAGCGCCACAGACAGAGACUCAGGCACCAACGCCCAGGUCACCUACUCGCUGCUGCCGCUCCAGGACACGCACAUGCCCCUCGCCUCCCUGGUCUCCAUCAACGCGGACAACGGACACCUGUUCGCCCUCCGGUCGCUGGACUACGAGGCCCUGCAGGCGUUCGAGUUCCGCGUGGGCGCCACAGACCGCGGCUCCCCGGCGCUGAGCAGCGAGGCGCUGGUGCGCGUGCUGGUGCUGGACGCCAACGACAACUCGCCCUUCGUGCUGUACCCGCUGCAGAACGGCUCCGCGCCCUGCACCGAGCUGGUGCCCCGGGCGGCCGAGCCGGGCUACCUGGUGACCAAGGUGGUGGCGGUGGACGGCGACUCGGGCCAGAACGCCUGGCUGUCGUUCCAGCUGCUCAAGGCCACGGAGCCCGGGCUGUUCGGCGUGUGGGCGCACAAUGGCGAGGUGCGCACCGCCAGGCUGCUGAGCGAGCGCGAAGCGGCCAAGCACAGGCUGCUGGUGCUGGUCAAGGACAAUGGCGAGCCUCCGCGCUCGGCCACCGCCACGCUGCACGUGCUCCUGGUGGACGGCUUCUCCCAGCCCUACCUGCCGCUCCCGGAGGCGGCCCCGGCCCAGGCCCAGGCCGACUCGCUCACCGUCUACCUGGUGGUGGCGUUGGCCUCGGUGUCGUCGCUCUUCCUGUUCUCGGUGCUCCUGUUCGUGGCGGUGCGGCUGUGCAGGAGGAGCAGGGCGGCCUCGGUGGGUGGCUGCUCGGUGCCCGAGGGCCCGUUUCCAGGGCAUCUGGUGGACGUGAGCGGCACCGGGACCCUGUCCCAGAGCUACCAGUACGAGGUGUGUCUGUCGGGAGGUUCCGGGACAAAUGAGUUCAAGUUCCUGAAGCCGAUUAUCCCCAACUUUUUGCCCCAGGGCACUGGUGAUGAAGUAGGGAAAACUGCAGCCUUCCGGAAUAGCUUUGGAUUCAACUAGCGAUCUCAUAAUGACACAUUGUUUUGUGCCAUUUAUCCCAAACCUUUUCAGAUCUAGAAUUCGAAAGUGUCAUGCACAAAAAUUUCACCUUGAGAUUUAGCUUUUAUUUCCCUUUUUAAUGGAUUUGUCUGUUAAGCUUUAUGUUGUCCAAUUGUUGAAAAUUAAAUUUUAUUUUCAUUGCAUUUAUUUACGGAGACAUUCCAAAUUCAUGCAUGCUGUUGAUUUUCCUGAGAUUUGUUUUUCUCUUCUUGUUGGUUUUUGUCGUGAUAAACCAUCUUAAUAAAAUCAAAUAUUAAUUUUA